AUGCUAAAGGUCUCCAGCCUCUUCAUUCUCCUCUGUGGGCUGAUUGCUUCAUCCUCUGCUCAAGAGGUCCUCUCCAGAGUUUCUUCCCAGAUCACUGAUGCUUUGACACAAGGACUCCUUGGUAUGAACUUUCUUCCCACCCUGCAGACAAUUGACUUCCAGGGGCCAUUGAAGGAUAUCUUCAGCCUUGUCCUAGGCCACCAGCUCACCAAUGGGGAAGCCAAUUUUAUGGUACAGAUGAAAGACCUUCGACUUUUUCAGGUCUUCAUUGAGACCUCCCCUGACUUCAAGGGGAUUGAUUUACGGAUGCCAUUGGCGUUUUCCAUACAAAUAAAGUUUCCGGCUCUUAAUCCCUACAUAUUCCAUGUACGGACAGAUAUGAAAGUCCAACUUUACUUGGAGAAGGAUGUAGACAACAGAUACCAACUCACCUUUGGGCAUUGCAGGAUUGUUCCUGAGACUGUAUGGAUCCAAUCCGGAAAUUUCAUCACCCCAAUGAAAAACUUUAUUGUGGAAAACAUAGAGAGAGCCCUGGGAAACGUGAUAAUCCAUAAUUUUGGAGCAAAAAUGUGUCCCUUCAUUAAUUCAUGGCUUUAUAACCUGAAUCCGCAAGUGACUAACCAACUGAUUAGUCUGCUGCUGCAGCAUGGCACAUACCAAGCCACAGUCGAAAUAUCCGCAAAGUAAAGGAGCCAUGUUUGCACCAAUCUGAAUCAGGUACUGCUUGCUGAUCUCUUUGGAAUAUCCUCCACACUUCAGACCAUCACCUGUAUGGCGAUGAUCCUAGAUGUUCAUGUUGAUUAU